CAGUUCCAGAUGAGUCACAUGAGUCUCACAUGUUGCAGCCCCAGUGUCUCCUCCUGGUGUUUAACUCUCCUGCAGCGUCUGGAAAGAUGGCAAAGAUCCACUGUCGAAGCAUGAAGUCACGCCAAGAAUACUGCGUGUAUUACGUGAUCAGAAGUACCGCUCUAUAUUUAACAAAUCAUGGGGCCUGCGGCGCAGCGUGCUCGUGCAAAAGAACGCCCACCAGAGGAAGUACAGCAUGGUGCUGCUGAGACUCCAGUCUCGUCCCUCGUUGAACACGAUUACAGCUGAAACCUCACAGGUUACGUUACACUCACUUCGUGGAAAUGGAAGACUUUGAAUACAGCGUGGAGAUCUGUGACCGUGACUGGGAAUGCUUCUUUGCAGAGUGCGAGGAGUGCAACCUGCUUCCUCCGUCAUUAGCAGGUUUGGACUCUGGGAUGAGUGACUUUGAUGAAACAGGCUCCAGACGUAAGAGGGCUCACGAGGUCGACCUAACAUCAGGCAUUUCAGAGGCCAACCGGCCCAUCGACUGCCCCCCAUACCGCGAGGGCUCUCCCGUGGAGCAUUACCUCAGCAAAUAUGGUGCUGGUGGAAUGGAGAGCAUCCUUUCAGGCAGUGAGGAGGACACACACCUGCAGUCUGUCAAUAUAUUCUUUGAAAGACUGAAAAAUCUUUCAGAGGCUGAGAGGCUUGCUAAGCCAUGCCAAGAGAGAACUGGAGGAAACAGAGAGGCAGCCAUGGAGGAGAAACAGUGUAGUGAUGGGCAAAGAUCCAGGGGCAGCACUUUGCCAAAAAACAUCCCCAAGUUAAACUCUCCGCCUGCCAGGGGUGAAACAGCAGUUGGCGCACAGACGACGAGGCCUGUCGACGCCAUCAGCAACACAAACACAAAGAAAAAAGUCAAGUCUGGCUCCAUCAUUUCCCGUGACUCUGCAGCCAGUAACUCAGUGCUCAAAACCAACACAUCAGCCAACCCUGAAACAGAGUUAUUCAUCAGAGAGGAAGCCUGCACACAAACUACAGUAAAUGAGGCAACACAGUGGAAUCAGUUUCAUGACCCACUGGAAUCAGAAAUACCUCACACAGACAAAGUGGUGAAAGUGCAAAUGUGCACACCUCUGAAGGAUGCUAAGCAGGAGCAUUUCUUUACAAGUCCAUUCACUUUAAGUGAGAAGUGCAACAUUUAUUCACCCGGCAAUGCAGAAAUGGUGACACGUAUUAAACGCAGGGAAGAACACAACCCUGUUUUACAGUUAGACACAACAAGCCUAAACAAAUCAGCCAGCCCAGAAUCUCCAUCUGCCUCCAUCAAAAGAAAAAGAAGGAAGAAGAGACGGCUCAGCUUUGAGCCAGCCGAAAGCGUCCAUGGAUACGAGCGGCGGUUUUUAGUAAGGCAGAGUGACUCGGAGGAGGAGCAGUAUGCAGGGAGAGGAGGGACGGGUCUGUGCUUACCUGAGGAUGUGAAUUUAUUGUAUUUAAAUGAACCACAAAGCAAUGUUGCGUCCGCCUUAUAUUCAGUCUCAAGCCGUCUUCCAGUGAGAACAUCUGCUAAAGAGAUAAAAACAAAUGACUGCUCUCAUAUUGUUCCGUCCUGUGACAGUCGAUACCAACACACACUCAGACAGGAAAGGUGUAAAGCAACGAGCUUGGCCGAAAAUAAUGCAACAAAUAACAAGUCAGUUACACCAUGUGUUGACAAUGCAAUAUCAGCGACAAGCAGCAGUGGUAAUGUGGAAACAAAUUCACGGCCUUGCAUAAAAUUACAAGUCGAAGAAUUAACAGGAUUGAAUAAACAUCCUUGGUUGGGGGUUUCCAAUCCUGGCAGUGUGACCGGUGAAUCAGACAGAAAAACAGCCAACGGUGCAGACAGUCUCCAAGAGUCUGAUAAAGUGAUUCAUUCGAUCCGCGGUUGUGAAAAUGAGCAUAAUCUUAAGUGUUGUACAGCCGAGGUCAAAUCAAUCGCUCACAGUGUUUCACCCAGGGCAGAGUCAGAUGAUCGCUCCGUGGGAGUCGGCCAAAACGACAAACUAUCCGAUGCUAAGUCAGUCCUGGCUGCAGAGGCUGGAAAUUCUGUCAGUGACGACAGCACACCGUGUCACGGAGAGGCUGAGCCCCAACAACAGCUGGAAAUCGAGUGUCAUGACACUGACCAGUUUAGCUCCACUCUGGACAACACAAAACCCCAGCAAUUUAAAACCACAGCCCGUCCAUUCAUUCAAAAGAUUUCCAGUGAGGUGACCUUACCCGAUACCUUACCUCGUCUUUCUAAAAGUGCUUCCAAUCUAGACAUAAAUAAUACAGUAAAGAAAGAAGAGCACCCUUUGGAGGUUCAGGCUUUAUCCAAAUUAGCUAAAUUAGCAGCAUCACAAUUAUUAUCUCCUGGGAAUCCCUGCCCAUCUGUGGAAAUCAUCAGUCAGAGAGAAAUCAAAUUGUCCACCUCUAAAGAUUUAAUAACGAGUCCUUCAGAUAUCACGUCAUUAUCAUCUCUGCACACAGAAUCUGUAACAUCAAUCUCAAAUGAAAACAUCACAGACCUGCCUGGUGGUUUAUCUUCCUCUGUCAGACAAAAUGAGUCUGGAGGUCAAACAGAAAAACCCCCACUGAUGUUGUUUAAACAGGACAGAGAAGCUGAAUCUGGACCUAAAAGCUGGUCUGAAUCCAAUUACUCAACAGAAUCUAAAUGUGAUUCACUGGAUGGAGCAGAAGAAGCUGUCGCAGCUGAAUGUGAACCUGAAAACGCACCAGAUUCAAAACGCUCAGUGUUUGCCAUUUCUUCUUUUUGGAGCGAGAUGGAGAAGCUGACGAUAAAUGACAUUCUGGGUUUACGAUCCCUGCCACCUCUUCAAGAAAGUCAGGAAACAGACAUGUCUGCUACAACCGAUUCAGGUUUUUUUACACAAUCAGAUGAGUCCAAGCUCAAACAAACCAGUGAGCACAUGUCCAGUGUUCUUGAUCUUGUAGAAUCAAGUUCAGGUGCUGUCACGGGAGCUGAGUCUUGUGUUCUGUGGGAGAGUGAACCUGUGCCGAUGAGCCAAGGUUCAGAUGUGGGUGUGAUGACGUCUGUAGGUGACAUUUCUCAACCAGUCUUCUCUGGAAAUGCACAGAGCUUCAGAACAAUUUCCAAAACUCUAAGUGUGCACAAUCUACCUGCCCUGAAGUCUGAGUCCUUCAGCUCCACAUGGAAAGGCCAAACGUUACAAACCUUAAACGAAGGAGGAUCAGAAAAGUUAGACUGUCUUGUUGAGGAUAAUAUGCCAGAGCAAGCGGACAUGGAUUCUUCACCUUCCUCUUUGACAGAUGGCUACAGAAUAUCUGUUUCCGAUAUUUUUCAGUACCUCUUUGGUGGAAAGCAGUCGACCCCAUGUCAAUCAGCCACAAAUAACAUAAAUGCCGUCUACGCAGAUGGAAAUUCUGUUCCUGAAAAUUAUGAUCAUUUCUUCUCAGAGUUCGAUACAGAAAACUUCUUCUGUCCUCUGAUCUCAGCAGAGGAUCAGGCCAAAGGUGAGCAGGUUCCUAUCUUUUCCUACUCACGCUCAGCUUGUAGAAAUCUACAGUUCCCUGAGGCGUAUGACGGCUUCUUUCCAUCCUCCUCUUCUGAUGAUUCAUCAGUUGAAUCUGAUGAAGAAGAAAACUCUAGACCUGUGAGGGUGGUGACCAGGUUUAGCCAAAACGCAAGCACAUCUCAGAUUUCGACAGACAUUUAUGACAAUUUCUUUACAGACAGCGACCUCAGAGAGAAUUUCUUUUGGAAAGCGACACUCUCUUUCAGGAAUAUCAAUUUUUCUGGAAUCGCUGUGCAGAAGCAGACAAGCUCUCAAACGUGUCAUGUACCUGUAAGGCAAGGUGGCAGAUCCCUUCGAAGGACGCUUUAUCCCAGUAAUGCUCUGGGGAAUCAAGACGUGAUGUUUCCGGAUCCACUUCUCUACCACCUGGAGAACAGGAUCUCCAGACAACAAGCGCUGCAGCCUUUCAGAAAUGAGGAUUUACAGAUGGCUGUUUCAAAUCCAAGGCUGGAUUCCUCACUCCUGCCGCUCCGACAGUCAGAUAUGUGUCUGGUUUGUAUUGCAUUUGCUUCAUGGGUACUGAAGACUGCAAACCCCCAAGUUGGAGAUGCCUGGAAGGCUGUUCUGUUGGCAAACGUGAGUGCUCUGUCAGCAAUUCGAUACCUACGUAAGUACGUGAAGAUUGAAGCGGCAGCCAGUGAGAAGAAAUUGCAUCACAACGCCCCCUCUUGAGUCAUGAUCUUUCGGCCCUUGAUACACAUCACCAUUGAAAUGAUCAAUUUUACAAUGAAUCCUGGAGCUGAGUCCCUGCAGGACCAAAGUCCUACUAGGAAUAUGACACAUGUCGAAUGUGCCGUUCCAUGAUUGCACGAUAACUGCUUUCUUCAUCUUAAGUUUCACUGACGCUUUCAUAGAACGGAAAGAGUUUUGUUUAAUAACAGCUUCGGCAGGGCGAGAUGAGACAUGUGUAUUUAUCAGACAGGAGACUUUACUGGUUUGAGACGAUUGUAAAUAAGGUUUCGGUGAGUGAGAUUAGCAUCAGAGCUCUGCUGAGUUGAGUUGAUGAUGUUUGAUGAACUUGUGAUAAAUGGAUUAACUUGAAUCCCUGAGAGAAUUUUAAAUAGUGCUGUUGGAGCAUGUUUGUUUCCAUUACUUUUAUGUAGCAGCUGAUUUUAUAGAAAUAGAAAAUAUUUCACUGAAUGAAUAAGAUCAUAUCUGUUGCAACAUUUUCUACUUUUACGAACCCCCCAAAGUUGUUAUUGUGUAAUUUAUUUGGGAGCUGUAUUUUUUUUCCAGUGUUCUGGAUGUAUUGUAUGAAGGGCAUUUGAUUUUCAUGGUUGAUCAUUUAUAGAAGACUGUAAAGUAUUUGUUGUGUUGCUCUGUGAGCUGUUCAUGUAUC